UCGCGUGUGGAUGGGGCGUGCGUGGCGCUGGCCUGACCCGUCGCGCGCGCCGAUCGAUCAUCAGCGUAAAAUUUCCCUCGACUGCCAAACUUCAUCACAUCAUGCAAUGUCAUAUGGCUUCUCCCGUCUAGUUUGCAUAACCAAAGCUUUGAGCGAGAUCAUUUGGGAGAAACAUAAGCGAGAAUCAUGUCGAUGCGGUAUGGCCCAGUGGAGCUAAGUGUUCCUCCUGGAUUCCAGAACAUACUCCAUCUCAUCUCCCAAGAGGUGCUGAGAGAAAAGCCAACCAAAACAUUGGAGUUCAUCGCUGGAUUCCUGGAUGAUCUCCUUGCAAUCAGAGAAGAUUCUGGCUAUGAUCCAGUCACCCAUGGUGAAAUGAUGGAACGAGUCCAGGAACGAUACUGGAAGAUCGUUAAGAUGAGGAGGAAUAGCCAAUUGAGUGAUGGUGAGAAGCAGGAGAGAGUGGAGGAAUGCAACCCGGAGGUCUUAGGUGGAUCAGGUGACGUAGGUGAACCAGCACCUGUUAGUGAGAAUGUUGAAGUGCUGGUGACCGUUGCCAUGCAGCAGGAUGACGGCGGUGGAGCAGUGGAGCAAUGCCAACCAUCAGAUGAAGAGAUGGACCAGACUCAUCUGGUUGCCAAGCAAGAACAAAGUGCUGCCGAGCAACAGGAAACAGCAACGGAGGAGCAAGAAGAUACCAUUCAGAAAGAGGGGGAACAAAGCAAAGAUCCCACUAUAGAAGAGGAGAAAAGUGAUGAAAAUUCAGAACAGGAUGAAGUAGUUGAAGACACCCCUGAGCAAGCUGCCAUGGCAACAGAGGAAGCAGAGAAACCUCAGGAGGAGGCCUGGGAUGUUGCAGACAAGGAUGCAGAUGCAUAAUUGAAGGAGCAAGCGAAGACUGUAUCAAGUGGAGAUACAUGUAUUCAUCGAUGAAGGUCUGUCAUCUGACAGGUGAUGCAGGUGCAAAGACUCUCAAUUUUUCCUGAGCUUUCCAAUCAACUUCCGUUUUCUGCCAAAACUUGCCAGUGUUUCUUCGAGCACAAAACACAUCUGAUUUCUUGUAAUGCCAUGCUCAGCUGCUGUACAAGUUAAGCACAACUGGCGAUAGGAGCUUUAAUUUAGCCCAAUAUUGCUGUUAAACGAGAGAAUUACAAGCAAGUUGCAUGCCAAAAACUGCUAGGAACCAGCGACAGCAGUUACCAACAUUACUAAUAAUAGGGGUAGCAUUUCUGGUUCUACCAUUCCUGUGUUCAGCCAUUCUGCCUAAUGAACGACUCCGGAGUAAGAAUGUGGACAAAGAUUAGAAAGUAGCACUUCACAUAAAAUUAUUUCAAUUCUCGGAUAUGAUCACAUUCCAAAAGAAUUAUUUGUUUUUCAAAUUUAAACAAAACGUUCUGUGAAAUUUAGCUUUGGGUGUAAAAAUGUCUAAAGCGUUUUAACCACUUCCUGCCAGGUGGAUUUCUCUUGAGCAGGAUGAGAUUGCGGGACCUUUUCAAGAUUUUCCU